CCCCUGGGGCUGUGUUGGCUGGCAGGAGUGAUGUGCUGAGUCAGCAUGACUCGCCAGGAACAGCCGCUCUGGGGCGCACACUGGGGUUAUUUUUAAAAGCUCUGGGCUUCCUUCUGGGCUGGCCCCUCCCGCACCCUUCUAAUCUCUCCCCCAGCCCCUUUUUUUGCCUCUGCCUCCCUCACACUCCUUCAAUUUCCCUUUCUUCCUUGGACCCUCCUGCCCUCCACCUGGUUUCCUAGGGGCCGGGUAGACAGGGAGCAGCCCAGCUCAGGAGAGGCAAGGCCUGAGGGCCGUCCGCGGGGCCAGAGUGCCUGCUUGCUGUGCCCCCCGGGUUAUGACGACCCCCAAUAAAGGAAACAAGGCCUUGAAGGUGAGCAGGCAGGGUGGGCACAUUUCGGGGCUGGGGUGGCACAGGGAUGGUGGCUGUUCAGCCAGUGACCUUGUGCACUGUGCCGCCCAGGUGAAGCGGGAGCCAGGUGAGAAUGGCACCAGCCUGACGGACGAAGAGCUGGUGACCAUGUCUGUGCGGGAGCUGAACCAGCACCUGCGGGGCCUGUCCAAGGAGGAGAUCGUCCAGCUAAAGCAGCGCCGGCGCACGCUCAAGAACCGUGGCUAUGCCGCCAGCUGCCGUGUGAAGCGGGUGACGCAGAAGGAGGAGCUGGAGAAGCAGAAGGCGGAGCUGCAGCAGGAGGUGGAGAAGCUGGCCUCAGAGAACGCCAGCAUGAAGCUGGAGCUGGACGCGCUGCGCUCCAAGUACGAGGCCCUGCAGAACUUCGCCAGGACCGUGGCUCGUGGCCCCGUGGCUCCGGCUCGGGGCCCCCUUGCUGCCAGCCUGGGGCCCCUUGUCCCCGGCAAGGUGGCUGCCACCAGUGUCAUCACAAUAGUAAAGUCCAAGACGGACGCCCGGUCGUAGGGACGCACGCUUGCCCAGGCGGGUCUGUGAGGGGCCACUAGGCACAUGGUGAAUUUGGCAGCCCUGUCCCCUUCUUCCUCCUCUCUUCCUCUCUUCCUCUCCUACCUCCUCCCUUCCCUGCAAAGCACAACCUGCACCCCAGGGGCGCCGGGCUGAGCCCCUUGAUCUCGUCGUUGUCAUCGUGUGUUUUGUACGUUGGGAUUGGUCAGUUCGGCGGUGACGUGGGGUCACACCUGCCCCCUUUGUACCAAGGCCAUGUGGGCUUGGAAUCCAGAAUUGGCCCUUUGGGAAUAGAUAGAAAGACCGAGCGAGCUGUGGGGCUUUUGAGGGUCCCUGAGCAGGGAGGGCAUCAGGGCAGGAUGGCUGCUUUCUCUCCCGAGUGGCCCACAGGCCCUGAAGUUGGGCUGGCACAGGGCCGGGUGGAUCACUUGCAGCUCAGCCAGCAGGCAUAGAUGGGCUCUGCCCCGAGGAGCAGGGUGUCCUUGAGGGCCCUCGACAGGCGGGCCACCGGCCUGGGUGCUGGGGGGAUGGGGUGUCGUGUGGCUGUGGGCCAGGGGCCUCCGUGCGCUCAACUGGCACAUUGCACUGAACAAGACCAAAUCACUGGUUGUGAGCGUACGUGAAGGGUGUGUCCAGUGUCCUGCAAUGGUCCCGUGUCACUGUUUACAUGACCUAUUUGUGUGGUUACAUAGCCCUUUAUUUAAAAGAGAGAAGUUCCUUUUACGAAGUUAUUAAAUUAUAUGUUUAAAAGCUAAAGAAAAAAAAGAGCUGCAGAGUAUUUAUAAAACUGUCUUUUUACAAAAAACAAGCAAGAACAUUUGACCAUAUAAAUGGAAAAGGGAAGAAAUUAUAAUAGAAACUUUGCUAGUUUAAAAAAAGAAAAAAAAAAAAGCCCUUUCUUGUAAACUUACAGACAAGUCUUUGUGGCUGUUGAAGUUUAGUUUUUAUAUACACAGAGUUAUCAGAUGUUAUUUAUAAAACUUAGUUUAAAAAAGACAAAAAAAAAAAAA